CAGACCACCGAGGAGCUGCGGCCCGCAUGGCCUCCCACCUGCUCAAGCUGCGCAAGCGGCUGCUCCGCGACACUGGCGACCUGAACAAGCGCCUGGCCUUCUACCAAGCCAGGGCCAGCGAGGGCGCCGAGCGCAGCGUGAGCGCCAUCCGCGAGCGCCUCGGGCCCCUGGGGGAGCAGGGCCAAUCGCGGGCCGCCACCCUGAGCACCCCAGCCGGCCAGCCGCUGCUGGAGCGCGCCGAGGCCUGGCGCCAGAAGCUGCACGGGCGCCUGGAGGAGGUGGGCGUCCGGGCCCAGGACCGCCUGGACAAGAUGCGCCAGCAGCUAGAGGAGGUGCGCGGGAAGGUCGAGGAGCAGGGCAGCCAGAUGCGCCUGCAGGCCGAGGCCUUCCAGGCCCGCCUCAGGAGCUGGUUCGAGCCCCUGGUGGAAGGCAUGCAGCGCCAGUGGGCCGGGCUGGUGGAGAAGGUGCAGUUGACUCCGCGCCCCAGCUCCCACCCCGAGCCUCCCGUGCCCCCAGCCUACAGGAGGCCCUGCUCCUGCCCCAGCUGUCCUCUUGGUGGGCCCUAGCUUAAUAAAGAUUCAUCAA